UGUUUUUUUUUCUUUCAAAAUAUGUUUUAAGAAACAGUGUGUGAUGCGAAGAUGAAACUCAGAAUCCUGGCUCUAAUUUAGAUGCUUUUUGCAUCUUCCUCCAAUUAAGGAAUGGACUCGAUUAGUCAGAUAAUUGAUCCGCAGCCAACAUUUAGCCAGGAUUUAGUUGAAGAUGCCACUGAGUUUAUCACAGAACAUCAGUCUCAAACACAUCAAGAGGGAGAAGGUCCUGGCCCUGGUUCUGAUCUUGAUGCCGAUGAGGUUUUAUCCAUGCAAACAAUAAUUAGCGAUAAGAAACAUCGUUCCGGACCAGAUUCGGGUGCUGUUGUCAUGGUUAUCGAUGAAAUGGAUAGGCAAACGACGACAACAUAUCAAAUUGUGCCUCAUCAGCAACUGCAGCAAUUGCAGCAGCCAAGAACUAUGUCCUUCGGAAUGAUCCAACAGGAUCAGCACCAUAAUCAACGCAUGAUCGACAGCAGUCCCGUGGAGUCUUUUGUGGCCUCCGAUUUGAGCUUGGAUGGCUUGACAGUGGAUGGCAUGAGCCAGGCGACAAUUCUUCCCCAAGAAUUGACAACAGUCAAGCCAGAGACAAUGAGCAAGUUGCUUAUAGUUCAAACCAAGUCAGGGUUGGAUCGAGCAAACAAUAAGCGUAUAAGAAUGCAUGUGGAUGUAUCGAGUGUAAGUGUUGGACUCGGCGCUGAUGUUGACGAUCUGGAUGAGAUUUCAUCCGACGGCGACAAUUGUGAUGAUGAAGGAGUAACAUUAAACCAGCAUCAUCAUCAGCAGCUGUUGGACGAGCACCAGCAGGUGUACAGCCUGGCCAGCCAUCAUCAUCAUCAACAUCAUCAGCACCAGCAUCACCUUCAUGCCCAUGGUCAUGGACAGGCGAUGCUUGGUUUGCAGCACAAUAGAUCCGGUCAGUUGGACAUCGGACAUAGUAUGGCAGGAGGGGUUAUAGUUAAUUCCCAAGACAGAGAAAAAGACGUGGAUGAAGAAGAUGAUAAUGUCAAUGGAGAUGGAAAUGACGAGGAUGAAGAUGAUGAUGAGAUUCGAGAUCGAGGCCAGUUGAUUAGUCAAAGUUCUUAUCAGACGCUGACAUCGGUUAAUGAUCGUUUGUCACCACCGGGCUUUAGUCCAACAUCAUAUGCGACAUUGACGCCGAUCCAACCCCUUCCGCCUAUAUCAACCAUGUCAGAGAAGUUCGCUUAUUCUGGUCACAUUUCUGGAAGCGGCGAUAGCGGCGAUACCGCGGAUGUCAAUGGAGCAGAAGGAGACAGAGUGGUAGUAGAGGCCACUACCAGUGCCUCAUCGGAAACUGUAGUUGGAGGAGGUAAUGGUAGUGGUAAUGGUAAUGGAACAUCCUCCGAAUGUAACUCGUACUCCUCAGCCUUACCCAUGACCAUUAGUGGUGGUCAUCAUCAUCUUGGAUUAGGCGUCUCACCGUAUUCCUCAUACGAAAAGCUAACGUCGAUGAUAUCACCACCACCUAAUAAUUACCUGGUUUCGUGUGACCUGCAUGCCGCCACCGUUGUCACGUCGUCAGGACGUAUGCCAAAUCCGUCCCAUCUGGAAGAGUUGAGCCAUAAUGGAAACAAAAAGGAUUCGGCGAUACAGGAGAAUACCGAAGACCAUAUGGGAGGAGGAAGUGGAGGGGAAAAAUUUACUUACUCCGGUCAUAUCUCUGGUGGGGGAGAUAGUGGCGAUACUGACAACCAUGGUGAAAAAUUCUCUUACUCUGAUCAUAUCUCUGGUGGAGACAGUGGUGACACUGAUGUUCACGGAGAAAAGUUCUCUUACUCUGAUCAUAUUUCUGGAGGCAAUAACGUUACUGAUGUCAACGGAGGAACGACUUGGCUCCAAAUAGCUUCAGAGCGGGAGUCACGACUUCACCUGCCGUCGGAACACAGUCUGGAUGACCGAUUUCAUUUGGUGACCGAACGAAAAACGCGACUCAACAUGACGGCACAGGAGAGAACGACGUCGACGCGCUUGCAAAUGCAGCGUCACCUGCAUCAUCAAAUGGCAGCAGAAACUGUUCCUUCAAUCUGUACCACAGAUUGGAAGUCAGAUGAAGAUUGGAAGCAUGGAUCUAAUACAAUUCUACCCGUGGUUGUGUCCCUAACACCGACACCGCCGCCACCGUCCAUAACAAAUGUUGAUACGGCAUCGGCCGUGGGACUUAAGCUGAGUGGAGGGAUGUCUCCAGAACAACAAAGAUCACAACAAUAUUUUUUGAACAAGAGCCAGCAGCAGGAGAUUGACGGAGCCAAAGAUCACGUUACCCCGGAGCCCUCAGUUUGUAGCAUUCAACAGUCGAGUCUCUUGAAUGGUUUUCAAAAUAUACAACAGCAAUGUGCAAAGAUCGCAAUUUCCGUCUCGCCCAAAAACGGAGGCGGAGGUGGAGGAUCAUCUAGCCGGACUAGUGGGAACUCCACAGACAUGGAGGAGAUUAAUACUAAGGAUCUGGCUCAGCGUAUUUCGGCGGAGCUCAAGCGAUACAGUAUCCCACAGGCGAUUUUUGCUCAACGUGUCCUCUGCCGAUCGCAAGGCACCCUGUCCGAUCUCCUGCGAAAUCCAAAGCCAUGGUCGAAGCUCAAAUCGGGACGAGAGACCUUCCGACGAAUGUACAAGUGGCUGCAAGAGCCGGAGUUUCAACGGAUGUCGGCAUUGCGUAUGGCGGCGGCUCAAAUUCCACAACGUGUGACGCAUUUGGGUUCUGGUAAUACUGCAACUGGUAUACUAGGAUCCGCUGGCACGGGUACUGGAACUAAUGAUAACAGAGACGUUAUGACAACUGAUGCAGAUACUCAUGGGGGUUCAUCAACUAUGUCACCAAGAGCUACACCUAUUGAACCUGUGUCUACAGUUGGACCUGCAGUUGGCCCUAAUCUCUCCAUCACUUCCAACGUUGUUGUCAAUUGCCGACGAAAGGAGGAGCCACAGAUCGAGCAAAUGCCCCAGCCAAAGAAGCCACGACUGGUUUUCACUGAUCUACAGCGCCGAACAUUACAAGCUAUUUUUAAAGAAACCAAGCGACCUUCAAAAGAGAUGCAAGUGACUAUAGCCAGACAGUUGGGCUUAGAGCCUACAACGGUGGGUAAUUUCUUUAUGAACGCAAGAAGGCGAUCGAUGGACAAGUGGCGUGAUGAUGAUUCCAAAAAUAACACAAACAUACAGCAUGUAAUGCAAAGUCGUCCGCAGCAGCCGCAAGAUGAGCAAGAUGAGGAUCAUAGUCAAAUUCCCAAUCAAAAUCAUAACACAAGUCAGAGCAUAUCGCACGAUAACUACUCCACUCUUCACACGACAGCCAUGUCUCCCCUGGGCGCCUUCGACGAAGAUGCCGAUAUGGAUUUGGAGUUGGAAGGUCAUGACUUCGAUUUAGUUGAUCCAGACCAACAAGGUGAUAAUAAUACUGAUCGCCACGGCGAUAUGUUGUGACAGCAUAGACGAUCUGGA